AUGAAGAAAAUACGUUACGAUUGCGAAAUUUUACGUGAGAAUUUACGUGAAACGCUUAUUCAAUUCGUUAAUUGUCGUUUAAUAAAUAUUUUGGAAAAUUAUUAUUCAAUCGUUGAAAAUGGUGAAAUUUGGAUAAAAAAUGGACGAAUUAUUGAUGGGAAAAAAAUUUUUUAUGAUGAAAAAUGCAAUGCCGAUUUACAAGUCGAUUGUUGUGGUUUAAUUAUCGCACCGGGAUUUAUUGAUAUACAAAUUAAUGGUGGUUUUGGGACGGAUUUCUCAUCGGUAGCAGCUGAGGACUUCGUUGAAAAAGUGGAGGAGUUCUCGCAGUCUAUUCUUCGUUAUGGCUGUACAGCCUAUUGCCCUACAUUUAUUUCUUCUCGACCGGAAAUUUAUCAUAAGGUUCGAGCUCAUCUAGAAGGACCAUUCAUCGCGAAAACAAAAAAAGGCGCACAUCCUGAAGCAAAUAUUUGUGAAGAUUUUGGCGAUGAUCCAGUUUUAACUAUCAAAUCAGUUUAUGGAUCGCUGGAAAAUGUUUCGAUAGUGACAGUUGCACCCGAACUUAAUGGAGUAGAAAAAGCUAUCGAAUUUUUAAAACGCAAAAACAUUGUCGUCUCACUCGGUCAUACAAAUGCACAUUUGGAAGAUGGCUUAGCUGGUUUGCAUGCCGGUGCCACUGCUUUAACGCAUCUUUUCAAUGCUAUGAGACCUUUGCAUCAUCGCGACCCCGGCAUAAUUGGAUUGAUCACUAUGAAGCACUCUUCGCCUUUAUAUUUUGGUAUAAUAUCAGAUGGAAUUCACUGUGACGAAGCAAUACUUCGUAUCGCACAUAGUGUUCAUCCAGAUGGACUUAUUCUUAUUACGGAUGCUAUAGCUGCGUUUGGUAUGGGUGAUGGUAUUCAUCGAUUAGGUGAUCAGAAAGUUCGUUGUAAAGGCAUGAAAGCUACUGUCGAUGGAACUAAUACAAUAGCUGGCAGCAUUGCUUCCAUGGAUCACUGUGUUCGCUAUUUUAAAAAAGUUACUGGUUGUUCGCUAGCAGAAGCCAUCUACUGCGCAACAGCUAGGCCUGCUCGACUUUUGGGAAUCGAAAAAGAACGUGGUUCACUUUCUUUUGGUUGUUUCGCAGAUUUGAUAUUAAUCGAUGACGAUAUCAGUGUGCAUGCAACAUUCGUUGGUGCGAAACUUUCAUAUUUGGCUUUAUAA